AUGCCGAAGGCCGUUGAUCCUGCUGUCAAGGGUCGUGAGAUCUUUUGUGAAAUCUUUGGAGUGGACAGGCCGGUACCACAGCCACAAGCAGAAAUUGUUGGUGCUGCGUCUGGGGCCAUUCCAGAUCGUUUUGAAGAGAUUGAAUCUCUUCAAGAUGCAAUUCUGGGGGAUAUACAGAAAGAUAUUGUGCCAGCAGAAGUGGGAAAUUAUAUACUAGCCAGACACACGGAUCUCUUAUCAGUCUCGGAUACUCAAAGUUUGUCUAGUAAUGAUGAUGCCGCUUCAUUUGUUGAUAGUACGCAGAAAGCUGCCCAGAAACAGUCACCACUACGCACGGCCGCUAGCGGACAAUCGAGGCCUCCUCCUCCUCCUUUAAAUUUACCAUCAGGCACCAAUUUAGGGCCCCACAAUUCUAUCUCGACCUCUCAGCCUUCGAAUUAUUCGCCCCAGAGGUCCCACAGUGAUGUCUCAAAAUUGAAACCUUCAUUCAGCCAGCUCACUCAACCAGGAUCCCACAAAAAGCAGCAGACUUUGGCUUACGGCUCGAACUCAAAUCACUCUGGUUUUAGCGCCAAGAAAUCUCCCUCACACAACUUCGGCUUCUUUUCUAGACCCAGCUCCAAGGACAAUAUUACAGAUGCGCAAUCGAAUGCUCACCAGAUAAGUCCACAGCCUCAUCUUACUAACAGUCGAUCUUUGUCCUUCACUUCUUCUUCUCUGAAGAAUUUCGCUUCCUCAUUCCAACCAAAGACUCCAACUGGCAGAAGUGUCUCACAAAAACAUCAGCAUUCUUCUAAUCCUUUCUUAGAUAAUUACUCCUCUAAUGUUGGUCCUCACAACUCAAAUGCAUAUCAAUCAACCGCAGGUUUAGGAAUCAAGUCAAGAGACUCAUCUACAUCGUUGAAUAGUAGUUCCGUGAACGUGAACUCUAGAAAACCAGGAGGCUCCAGUCCUUCUUUGCAUUAUCACAGAAAGAGCAGCACUUCUCUGCUUUCAAAGCCAAUUUUGAGUACGACCUCCAUGACAAGACCACAAGUGUAUCCUGCAAUGUUAUCCAGAGUAGCGACAAGAUUCAAGAAGUCGAUGCUUCUAGGUGAGCAUAAAAAAGAUGGGCUACUCUACAGAGAUGCUUUCACGGGGCAGCAGGCUGUUGAUGUAAUCUGUUCAAUUUUAAGAACAUCCGAUCGCAACUUAGCCUUAUUAUUGGGUAGAGCUCUUGACGCCCAAAAGCUGUUCCAUGAUGUGGUAUAUGAACACCGGCUAAGAGAUUCGCCAAAUGAAGUUUAUGAGUUCACGGGCAAUUCGCGAAUAAUAGGAGGUGGCUCAACUGGAAUGGUUCCCGCCUCCUCGCAAGAGCCACUAUUAAUGGGAUCCCAUCAUAAUCUUAUUAGUACCCAUGCGUCAAAGUCUACGCUCGCCACUUCUGCCUCAACUAGCUCUGUGGUUAGUGAAAGCUUCGAGAAACAGAUGGACCCCGCAAAAAUGCAUCAAGUCAACGGUGUCUUCACAUUACUUGCGGAAUGCUAUGUGCCAACCUGCUCAAGAAACAAAUUGUGUUAUUCUAUCUCGUGUCCUCGUCGCCUUGAGCAACAGGCACGGUUGAACUUAAAGCCUAAUUCGGGUCUGAAACGUAACAUUUCCAUGGCCGUCGACGAUGAAGAGGAGGAGAAGCCAUCAUGGACCAGUUCAGUUCCAGAAGAAGUUUGGUCAUCGCUUUCGAAAAAGGACAUAAAAAGGCAGGAAGCAAUUUAUGAGGUAUUCAUAACUGAAAAGAAUUUCGUGAAGUCACUAGAGGUCAUCAGAGACACAUUCAUGAAAUCUUUGGCAGAAACAAACAUUAUAGCUGCAGAUAUCAGGAAAAAUUUCCUCAAGCAUGUCUUUGCCCAUGUUAAUGACAUCUAUUCGGUGAAUAGAAGAUUUUUAGAUGCGCUGAGCGACAGACAGAAAUCUUCGCCAAUAGUUGAAGGUAUCGGCGAUAUUCUUCUAAAGUUUAUUCCGUUCUUUGAGCCAUUUGUCAUGUAUGUUGCGUCAAGACCGUAUGCAAAAUACCUGAUAGAAACCCAAAGGUCUGUGAACCCUUAUUUUGCAAGGUUCGAUGAGGAUCUAAUGAACUCCUCCCUGAGGCACGGCAUUGAUUCAUUCUUGUCGCAAGGUGUGUCAAGACCAGGUCGCUACAUUCUAUUGGUACGUGAAAUCAUCAAAUCUUCUGAUAGUGAGAAUAAUAAGAGGGACCUGGAAAACCUGAAUAAGGCCCUAGAAUCUUUGCGUGAGUUUAUGACGAGAAUCGACAGGGCUAGUGGUGCAUCGCAAGACAGACAUGAUAUCGAGCUCUUGAAGCAAAAGAUAUUGUUCAAAAAUGAAUAUGUGAACUUGGGUCUCAAUAAUGGCAAACGAAAAAUCAAACAUGAGGGUGUACUUUCCCGAAAGGAACUUACUAAGUCUGACAACAACUUCGGUGGCGAUAUUCAAUUUUACCUUUUGGACAAUAUGCUCCUGUUCCUCAAGGCGAAAGCGGUCAAUAAAUGGCAACAACAUAAAGUAUUUCAAAGGCCCAUUCCACUUCCUCUUCUAUUCUUGUGCGCUGGAGAAGACAUGCCUCCCAUCAAGAGGUAUAUUAACAAAUCACCGGAAAGUGCGGGUACAGUGAUACCCUUCGACGGCCACCACGGCAAUCCUAGAAAUGCGCUGACCUUUUUAUACUACGGUGCCAAGCACAGGUAUCAAGUUACUCUUUACGCGGCCCAAUAUGCGGCUCUGCAGACGCUACUAGAGAAAAUAAAACAGGAGCAAGCACAUCUGCUUGCCUCUAAUGAUAUCUUCAACAUCACAAAAAUCAGCACCAAGUUCUUUGACUUUACUAAUAAAAUCAAUAGUGUGGCGUCCUGUGAUGGGGGCCGGAAGCUUUUGAUUGCCACCAACUUAGGGCUUUACGUGAGUGAUACGAAGAGAGAGCCAUCUGCCCACGGCCAUGAAGCAACGACAUAUUUCGCUACACCCGUCAGAAUCCUCCAUAAAUGCAUAACGCAGGUUGCUGUGCUGGAGGAAUUUCAAUCUAUUCUCUUAUUAGCCGACAAGAAGCUUUACAGCUGUCCCCUUGCUCUCUUGACAGAAUCAAAGGAUGGCACGUCAUAUUUCAAAAAGCAUGCCAAAGAAUUGGUCAACCAUGUCAACUUUUUUUCCGAGGGCGACUGCGAUGGGAGAAGACUGGUGGUUACAGCCCACAGCUCAUCGCAUUCCAUCAAAUACUUUGAGCACGACCACCCUAUGUUGAUGGAGGGCAAGAAAAAUGUCAAGCGCAAGAUAAAUGAAAUUGUGUUCGAAUCUGAGCCGGUUUCGAUAUCCUUUUUGAGGACCAAUCUUUGUAUUGGAUGCAAGAAGGGGUUUCAGAUUGUGUCUGUUUCACAGAAUGUACACGAGCCACUGCUCGAUCCAGCCGAUACGUCACUUGAAUUUGCGUUCAAGGAUGUGCUCAAGCCAUUGUCAAUAUACCGUGUUGGGGCCUCCAUGUUUCUACUGUGCUAUUCUGAGUUUGCAUUUUUUGUUAAUAGCCAAGGCUGGAGAAAAAAGGAGUCAUAUGUGAUCCACUGGGAAGGUGAACCUCAGAAAUUUACAAUCUGGUAUCCGUAUAUCUUAGCUUUUGAUCCGAACUUUAUCGAAAUCAGGAAAAUCGACACAGGGGAACUUGUUCGUUGUGUUUUGGGUGACAAAAUGAGGCUUCUUCAGGCUACAUCCCAGCAAAUUCUUUACGCCUACGAAGAUGAGAAUGGGUAUGAUUCGGUGGUCUCGUUGGAUUUUUGGGGCAAGUGA